GGACUCGAAUAUGUCGGGGAUCGCCCUUAGCAGACUCGCCCAGGAGAGGAAAGCUUGGAGGAAAGACCAUCCGUUUGGUUUUGUGGCUGUCCCAACAAAAAAUCCCGACGGCACAAUGAACCUCAUGAACUGGGAGUGCGCCAUUCCUGGGAAGAAGGGGACUCCGUGGGAAGGAGGCUUGUUUAAACUGCGGAUGCUUUUCAAAGACGAUUAUCCAUCUUCACCACCGAAAUGCAAGUUUGAACCACCAUUAUUUCACCCAAAUGUGUACCCUUCGGGCACAGUGUGCCUGUCCAUCCUGGAGGAAGACAAGGACUGGAGGCCGGCCAUCACGAUUAAGCAGAUCUUAUUAGGAAUACAGGAACUUCUAAAUGAACCAAAUAUACAGGAUCCAGCUCAAGCAGAGGCCUACACGAUCUACUGCCAAAACAGAGUGGAAUACGAGAAAAGGGUUCGAGCACAAGCCAAGAAGUUUGCUCCCUCAUAAGCAGCGACCUUGUGGCAGCAUAAAAAGGAAGGGAUUGGUUUGGCAAGAACUUGUUUACAACAUUUUUGCAAAUCUAACGUCGCUCUCUACAAUUGCUGGUCACCUGGGGAGGGUUGGGCGGGCGCCAUUUUCCAUUUCCGCCACUGGUACAGUCUCGACUCGCUGAAUCGCCCCGUUUUUCAUACAGGGUCUCUUCCUUCGGUCUUUUGUAUUUUUGAUUGUUAUGUAAAACUUGCUUUUAUUUUAAUAUUGAUGUCAGUAUUUCAACUGCUGUAAAAUUAUAAACUUUUAUACUUCGAUGAGUCCCGAGGAGCUAGUCCCCUUGCUCGCGGGUGCAGGCAUGCUUCACACCGUCUAGAGCCGCACUUAGCCCCAGCUGGCUGCACGAAACCGAAAAUCAGACCUGCCCCGCCCCCCCGCCGCCGCCGCCUCUCCCAGAGCCCGGGUUGUGUUGCUUACAGGCCUCAGAUCCACAGUCAGCCGGCGUUGCGUUUCCGCUUCACUUCGUGUUUAUAUGGCGUUUGUCUGUGUUGCUGUUUAGAGUAAAUAAACUGUUUAUAUAAAGGUUUUUGUUGCGUUAUCAUCAUUAACAGUGAGGAGGUGGCCUCUGUGUGCCCGGCCCCAGUGGCGCUCGUCCCCGUCUUCUGUAAAUAGUGCUGUGUAUUCUGUCCCCCCACCCCAGGGCUCUGGGUUUGUGGAGCACUAGAGAGAGUUCGAGUCUAGUGGGGUCGGAACUGGCGUCAAGACCCUUCCGGAGCUCGCACCACCUGGGCCGUCAGGAGGAUGAGAUGUCUGAACCCAGGCCCGGCGAACCCAGGGAGGACCGCUGUCCAAGCAGCUUACCCCCUUGAUGGCCAGCACAGGCGGCUGAGGGUGGCCGGGCCACAACGAUGGAGCCCAGCCUGCGGGUUAGGUGUGCAGCCUCCACCUGGCACCAGGCUGCCGCAAGCCCCCGCAUGUAGCAUCCUCCCCCCAGUGCUCGCAUAUCAGCCACCCGCCCACUGGGCGGUCUGUGGGUAACUCGGGCCACUAUCCCUCAUGCUCUUCGCACUUCUUGAAGUGUCUGAACCUGGUCUGACUGUCCUCGGCAGGCACCUUGGAAUCUGAGCCCGCUGCAGAGCGUCUUCGUCCAGAAGCGGGCUCAGCAGGAGGGGCUGAAGGUGGGGGCCGGUCUCAGGGGUCCCUGUGAGCACAGUGUUGACCGAGCCCCAGCUGGCCUCGCCCUCGCUGUCAGAACCCAGUGCCUGUGGCUUCAACCCACAGACCAAGGGGGCUGAGUGAUCCCCAUGGGAGCUCGAGGAGGGCCCAUCAACUGGGCCCCAGGUCAGGAAGGGCUGAAGCUCACCCCAGGAAACACGCGGCCUGGCGGCAGGAUGGCGGUGGAAGUUGAAGAGUCUGAGGGCUCCUGAGCCCACAGCACGUGCAGCUCUGAGGCCCCAGUGCCUUGCUCUCUCACUGAGCUGCACAUUCGUCGGGCUGCUGAGCCCCAAUUCGAUGUCCAUGAUGUGUUUGACGCAAGGGGCCUGGGGGGAUCCAGCGGGUUGUGUAUUUGUAGCCUCUUCCAGAACGUCUUAUUUUGUAAUGACCGAACUACUCUUAGUAAUAGUUACACCUGUAUAUGGUUAAUAUAUAUGGAAAUAUAUUUUCUAGUUAAAGCAUUCUGAAGUAAUCAAUGUUUCUAGUAAAUUGUCAUGACUUCGGCUAACGAAAUGUCCUUUUUGUGCCACAGUCCUUGGCUUAACAAAGAUGUGACUCUUGUAACAUGAGAACUCUGACUUGUGACCAUCCUGUUUCUACUGUGAGGGAAGAGAGUGUGUUCCCAGCAUGAGGCGCCUAAUAAUUAGUAAGGAAUUGUGGGCAAUAGAUGAACCACUGUAUCUAAAAAUCCUCUAAUUAAAACAUUUCCACUAA